AUGCUUCAUUUUGAUACCGGAUCUGCCACCACGUGGGUGGUCGGCAAGGGCUGUCUGCAAUGUCCUAAUGGAAGCGGAUACGAGCGCGUCGGCUACGCCACUGCAGACUCCUCGACCGGGGUGAAUCUUGGCAUCUACGGAUAUAUCGACUACACAGGUGGCGUCACUUCGGGGCCUGGAAUGGCCGAUAUGUUUGGCUUGCCAGCUGGCGCCCCGGGCGAACACGGCCUCCGUUGGAAUCAGACCUUUAUGGCGGCAGACCAGAGCUCGUGGCAAUUCAUCCCGGCCGACGGUUUCCUGGGCUUAGCCUUCAGCACCAUCGCCGAGGCCGGAGCCACCACGCUGGUGGAAACCCUGAUGAAGAAAGACCUGCUGGACGAGCCGCGCUUUGCCAUCUACUACGGCACCGAGUUCAAUACCACCAGCUCCGACCCCGCCGGCGUGUUCACCAUCGGCGGCUCGCACGAGGAUCGGUAUACUGACGGCGAGCUCACCUACGUUCCGCUGCGGCAGGAGGCCGAAUUCCAGGUGUGGCGCACGAACCUGUCGUCCAUCACCGGCAUGGGCAAGCUCGCCGGCCAGAAGAGCCGAUCGACAACCAGUCAGCUGGGCGAGUAUGGUCGCGCAGUGUUCGACACUGGCUCCGGGUACUUUGAAGUCCCUGCCAACGUCAUCGACGACUUGUACGAAUCAAUCGGCAUGAACUGGACCGCCAUCCGCCACGGCGACCACAUCCCUCUGUGCUCGGAGUUCAAUUCCUCUUGGUCGGUGACGUUGAACUUCGGUGAGUCUGAGACAGACCCCAAGGUGACGAUGACCGGUGAGCAGCUGGCCCGCCCCGGGUUCGCCUAUCGUGAUGACGCCUGUUAUCCUCCCUUCGAUGACAGCGGGGUGGAAGACCUGGCCCUCAUUGGAACGCCCAUGCUCCAUCAAUUCUACACCGUCUUCGACUUCGGUGCCAAGGAAGUGGCCAACUACAGUCCCCGGAUCGGAUUUGGAAACCUGAAGGACGAAUUUAGGCCCUACUUUGCCCGCGGGGCCUAG